ACAUGCUCACGUCCGCGGCGCGCCCCCUACCUACUGCACAGCCACUCUCACAUCAACAAUGAGUAUCUUCGUUUACCAUUAUGAACAAUUCGGAACUAUUUCAUCAAAGACUCAGACAUUCUGGAUUGUGUGACUUCAUAUUGUAUGUACAGCAGUACCAUUUCAACUAAAUUCAUUGCCCAGUCUCCGGAGGAGUGUGUUUAUUGUGAAAUUCUCGCAUAACGCGCUCUUAUCAUCUAGCGGUGGGCGUGUCAGGGAUGGCAGGCGGCCGGAGAGGGGCGAACCGCUCUGCUUAUUGCCGGUCUCCGCUGAGCAGCGAGCCUGGCUCUGUUGGCAACGGCAACCACUCCACCAGCUCCCCAGUCACCGGGGUGCGGUCCCGGACGCGGAACGGCUCAGGUGCAGGUAUCUCCAGCCCUCCGCUGGCUGCCCAGACGGUGGUUCCUCUGAAACACUGUAAGAUCCCAGAUCUCUCUCUGGAGCGCAGCGUGCUGUUCGAGCUGCACCUGUUCUUCUGCCACCUCAUCGCCCUCUUCGUCCACUACGUCAACAUCUACAAGACGGUGUGGUGGUACCCACCGUCACACCCCCCCUCACACACCUCUCUGAACUUUCAUCUUAUUGAUUAUAACAUGCUGGUGUUUACGAUCAUCGUGCUGGCUCGAAGGCUGAUCGCAGCAAUUGUGAAAGAGGCCUCUCAGAGUGGGAAACUGUCCUUUCCUCACUCCAUCUUCUUGGUAAUGGCUCGGUUUGCUGUGCUCACCCUGACGGGCUGGAGUCUGUGUCGCUCCCUCAUAUACCUGUUCAGGACCUACUCUGUUCUUAGCCUGCUGUUCCUCUGCUACCCGUUCGGGAUGUACAUACCCUUCUUCCGUCUGAGCAGCGACCUGCGUCGGCCGGGCCCCUUCUCCUCCAUCGCCAGCAUUGGCUCCAAGGAGAUGGGGGGCCUGGGGGCUGGGCGGGACUACCUGACGGUGCUGAAGGAGACCUGGAAGCAGCACACCAGCCAGCUGUAUGGCGUGCAGGCCAUGCCCACCCAUGCCUGCUGCCUCUCGCCCGACCUCAUCCGCAAGGAGGUGGAGUACCUGAAGAUGGACUUCAACUGGAGGAUGAAGGAGGUCCUGGUCAGCUCCAUGCUCAGUGCGUACUAUGUGGCCUUCGUCCCUGUGUGGUUCGUCAAGAGUACCCAGUAUGUGGACAAGCGCUGGUCAUGUGAGCUCUUCAUCCUGGUGUCUGUGAGCACCUCGGUCAUCCUGAUGAGACACCUGCUGCCCCCACGAUACUGCGAUCUCCUCCACAAGGCUGCUGCGCACCUGGGCUGCUGGCACAAGGUGGACCCCUCCGUCUGCUCAAACGUCCUGCAGCACAUAUGGAGCGAGGAGUACAUGUGGCCACACGGCGUCCUGGUGAAGCACAGUAAGAACGUCUACAAGGCCAUGGGCCACUACAACGUAGCCGUGCCCUCCGACGUGUCACACUAUCGCUUCUACUUUUUCUUCAACAAGCCGUUACGAAUAUUGAACAUCCUCAUCAUCUUAGAGGGGGCGAUGAUUUUCUACCAGCUCUACUCGUUGAUAUGUUCAGAAAAGUGGCACCAGACCAUAUCCCUGGCUUUAAUCCUCUUCAGCAAUUACUACGCCUUCUUCAAGCUACUCAGAGACAGAAUAGUCUUAGGCAAGGCCUACUCGUACUCAAACAGCUCUCCCGACCAGAAAAUAAGUUAAAAGACAUAAGUUAUUGUUGGUCAUUCAUCAUGGAACAAGAAAAACAUGCAUGAGAGCUUUGUAUUUUUUCUACAACUGCAUUUUGUGUCACUGUUGUUUUUUUUGUUCUGAUCUGCCAUAAUAAAAAGAAACAUAUUUUUGUA